AUGCAACCAACUCAAAGCGCGUUUACACGAGUAAAUAUUUACAAGGAGUCAACUAACAUUUUUACGACGAUAUUCUACCCCUUUGAUUCUUCAAAAGUAGUUACUCAAGGCACUCAAAGGAUGAUACAACACGUCAAACAUGUCGACUUAAGUAAUGAUUCUUCUAAUAGUACCAAUAAACUAUUACAAGCUAAGAGAGCCUCUGUUGAAAGAGAUGCAGCUCAACAAGGAUUUUUGAUAUUGGUAUUGGCCUGCAAUGGGUUUGAAGUGAAAGUAAACAAGUUGUAUAAGAAAGGGAGGACUACACAUCAAUUGUAUGUCAUCGAGUCCAUCACAAGAGAAGGUAAAGUGUACUUUAAUUUGGAUACUCUACACUUUCCAUCUGAAAAUCUGAAACAAAAGAGAAGAAGACAAGACACUGCGACUAACAACGCAAUGAUCGAUAUAAUUGAGAAGUUCUGUGGCGCUCAAUUUGUGAUGAAGAUUGGGAAGAAACUGAGUCUUAGCAUUCCAAUGAAGAGAAUACAUACAGUAUCUAUCGAUGGAAUCAAUUUCAAUUCGGAAAAGAUUAUGGAAAGGGGAAUUUAUCAGAAUGAAAGUAUCAGAGACAAUUUGACACCAGAGGGAUGCACUAUAAAUAGUAACCAAGUUGGUUCUGCUCUGUAA